AUGUAUUUGCCUGUGUCUAGCCUAUAUCUUCGAAGCCUCACUCUACGGAGUAUAUGUGUAUCUCAGAUACGCUCAAGCAGUACUGUUGCCAACUCAGUCCUUCCCAAAUCAAAAUCUGGGGGUCGGGAUGAGUAUCUCAAACGAAUGGAACAGUUCAGUAAGAACUUGAAACAGGUUGCGAAUAAAAGCAAAGAUGCCAAAAAGGUUAAGUUCAAGAAGAAUUCCAAGAAUUCUAAAAGGAAAAACCAAAACUCCACACAGAAGAAGCCGAACCGAAGUAAACCACUUGUGGAGCAGCAGCAUAGUUUCAAAUUGCCUCACGGGAGCAAAUCCAGCACAGAAAAAGGAGAAGAAGAUAUCGUGAGUGAUGUUCUUGUUCCUCAGGCCAUACUGUUUCUGCAAGCAAAAGCGCCAGUGCUGAAAGAUAUACCACAACUUGCACACGACCUAGAUAAGGUGUUAUUCUCGCCCGGUGUUCAUUUUCUCAAGGAUCCAAGAACCAGAAUAUUCAAUUUCACUCCAUAUCUCGACAAAAUACGACCCUAUGAGGAAUUUGACUCGUCGAAGUUCCCUGGGUUCGUCAGUGCCUCCAAGGAUGAUUCCCUUCUACAAGAGGCCAUAAAAAGAAAUAAAACGUACUACUCCAGUACCUCUUCAAUGACUCUGACGCUUAUACAAUUCUACUUGUUACUCAAUAAUUAUGAUCCAUCAGCCGAGCAUAGAUUCAAUUUUCCGCAAUUCACCAGAAACGUAAGGAAUUUACCGCUGACAGUGUUCGUUGAGCCAAAGGGAAAAAAUGCAAAAGGGAAAACUGUUUAUUCGGUAACUUCGGAUAAAUCCACUGAUGUCGAGAUUCUUCUCCUGGCUUUGGGACACUGUUUGGAAGCACUUCUCACAACUGAGGAGAACGAGUUUGCACAUUAUCUAGUUGCAGAACAGAGCGAGAAGAACAAGACCAUCGAGAAAGGCUCAAAUUCUGAUGCAAAUGAACCAGAGGAUAAGGCUGCCAAUAUCUACAAUUAUCUGGCUUGCGGAGGUUUCUUGAUGAGAUCUCAGCUUGAUUGUUACGACUCAAGACUUCCUGGUAACGGAACUUUUGAUUUAAAAACAAGAGCAGCAUGUGCCAUCAGGUAUGAUCAAAGCCCAGAGUCUGCAAAUACCGGUUAUAAAAUUUGCAAGAUCGCGGGAAAUUUAGAAUCAUUCGAGAGAGAGUACAAAGAUUUAAUUAGAACUGGUGGACUCUUGAAGUACGGGUUCCAGGCUCGUAUUGGUCAAAUGGAUGGUAUUUUUGUCGCUUAUCAUAGUGUCAACUCUUUCAGUGGAUUCCAGUACCUCCCUCUCAGUGAAAUCGAUAAGGUGUUCUUUUCAGAUGAAAAUCUUCAGAAGCACAUUGAAUUAUCGUUUACUCCAGAAGAUAUUUUGAAGAACGACAAUAUUGCAUCUUAUGUUGCAGAAAAUCAAUUUAAGGUAUCUUUGACAAUUUGGCAGAAAAUAAUGAACUUAGUUGCUGAAGAUUUCAAAGGCACAGAAUACGAGAAUUUGCCAUACAGACUUGUGACGAAAAGAUACACCAAGUGGUUGCCAUCACAAACAGUUCACAAGUCCGCAGGUAAUCAGGAAUCCUUUUUAAGAGUUUUUGCCAUUCCAUUGGUCGGUGAUCGAAUUGAUAAGUUACAAAACUUUCCAUCUAGGUUCAAAACCUCGUUCAGAGAGAACCUCACCGCUGCAGAGAGAUUAGAGAAUUUAACGAAAGCUGAGGAAGAGCUCAACGCACUCAAUAUGGAGGUUGUUGAGGAUGUGCCAAUACUUUGUUAUCAAGUAAGAGUUAACAAUCUUUUAAAUCCUACGAAAAACUGUCACGUUGGCAAGCACCCCUAUCCUAGAGGAGUCGGGUUGGACCACGGGUGGAAAUAUAGAAUUCAAAGAGAGAACGGUGAAGUUCCUGUGAAGGAGAGAUAUGGGGAGCUCAUGAGAUUGGCUGCUUCUGUACUUACAAUGGGUAGCCGGAUGGCUCUCUCCAACAAGGGAAAUGAUAUUACACAUAUGGUUCGCCGGUAUGGCGAAGUCGGGCGUCUACGUGACGAAGAAUGGGAAAAUCAAAAGCAAGAACGGAAAGAAACUCCAUAA